AUGCAGUCAGUCUCAAAGUUGCUCAGGACAUCGCGGGUCGCUGCUGCCUUGCCGCGGAUGAAGGCGGUGCGGUUCCAGUCGACAUACACAAAGCCGCGGACGGGUGUGAACCCCGCCUACGACGAGGCCCUGAAGGUGAUCGAGGCAUACAAGAUCAAAAAGACAUCCGAGGCCGAGGCUGCGGCAAAAGAGCUGAAGGACGCGCAGGCAAAGAGCGCCAGCUCUGCGGAGGUCAGCGCGCUGAAGAAGAAGUACUUUGAUCUGGCAGUGGAGGCCGAGAUCAACGACUCGGAGCCUGUAUACGCGCACCUGAAGGAGCAGGCGUGGCGGGCGCGCCCGCUGGAGAUUCUGAUGCAGCGCCUGCUGCAGAUGUACGUGCUGCCGGAUCUGCUGGACCCGCGCGAGGUCGGCAUUCCGCAAGCGCAGCUCAACGUUGCCCUGGCAGAGGCCCUGCUUGAGCCUGGAUCGGUGAUCGAGCCCAGCGAGGCGCGCAAGCAGCCGGAGAUCGAGUUGACGACCUUCCACGAGGACACGCGGCUGCACACCCUGGUGAUGGUGGACCUGGACGAGCCGCAUGUCGAGCAGCAGACGUUCCGCGAGCAGUUCCACUGGGUGGUCGCCAAUCUACCGUUCUCGAUGAGCCAGACCAAGACGCAGAUCAGCGAGGGCAGCGAGCUGCUGGCGUACAUUCCGCCGCACCCCGCGCGCGGCUCGCCGACACACCGCUACGCGUUUGUUGCCUUUGAGCAGCCCGACGGUGGCAAGCAGCGGAUAGAGAACAUUGAGGUGUCGCGCGAUCUCGUGCUGCGCGAGUUCGCCAAGCAGCACCAUCUGCGCCCCGUCGGCCUGUCGUUCUUCCGCGCCAACUGGAACGAGUCCGUCGACGAGGUGUACCGCGAUGUGCUCAAGCUGGCCCCGCCCAGCUAUGGCCAGAUGCCUGCGUUGCGCACGAACGUCACCCCCGAUGGCCGCCAGAUCAACGCCUAUGCCAACUACUAG